AUGCCUCCCAAGAAAGCUACUGCCACAGCCAAGAAGGCUGCGCCUGCUGCGCACACCUCCUACCGUGAUAUGAUCAAGGAUGCCAUUGUGAACCUCAAAGAGCGCAAUGGUUCCAGCCGCCAGGCCAUCAAGAAGUAUGUGUCGGCAAACAACAAGAUCACCUUCGCGUCUCAGAGCGCCUUUGAUGCCCAGUUCAACAAGGCUAUCAAGUCUGGCGUCGAGAAGGGCGAGUUCACCCAGCCUAAGGGCCCCUCCGGACCUCUGAAGCUGGCCAAGAAGGAGGCCAAGCCCGCUGCUAAGCCCGCCGUGAAGCCUGCUGCUAAGGCUACUAAGGCUACCAAGGCUGCUCCCAAGAAGGCUGCCGCCCCCAAGGCCGCUGCUACCAAGAAGGCCGCCCCCAAGAAGACUGCUACCGCUAAGGUCACCAAGACCACUGCUAAGAAGCCUGCUGCCAAGAAGGCUGCUGCUAAGCCCAAGGCCAACUCUGGAAAGGCCCGCAAGACCAAGACCCCCUCCACUGCCGCUCCCGCAAUUGUUGAGCAGCCCAAGAUUCUCGGCAAGACCAAGUCUGGCCGGGUUACCAAGACCACUGCGCCGCCGCCAACCAAGGCUCCCGCUAAGAAGCGUGCGGCUAAGAAAUAG